CCACUCCGCCACUGCCGCUCCAAAAUUACCAAAACACCCCUUCUCACUUAAAAAAAAAAAAAAUGCAAAACCCAUUAUUAAUUAAACUUCCCAAACUGACCCCACCACCACCAUUUCUCAUCAUUGGUAUUAAUAACACAAGAGGACCCAACAUUAGCUUUAUUAGCACGAAACCAAGACCGAGAAGAACAAGAAGAGAGUGUAGUAGAAGAACAAGAACAAGAACGAGUAGUAUCGUUAGGGCAAUGCCUGGUUCUUCAUUCGGCGAAUCUAGCGGAGACGAUAAUGGUCGAUUGAGUAACUUCAAGCUGAACGAGUCUACCUUCUUGGCUUCCCUCAUGCCCAAGAAAGAGAUUGCCGCCGAUCGCUUCAUCGAAUCUCACCCUCACUUCGAUGGCCGCGGCGUCCUCAUCGCCAUCUUCGAUUCUGGGAUAGACCCAGCUGCAGCUGGAUUGCAAGUUACAUCGGACGGGAAGCCGAAAAUACUAGAUGUUCUUGAUUGUACCGGGAGUGGAGAUGUGGAUACCUCAAAGGUGGUGAAGGCUGAUGCAGAUGGUUGCAUUUGUGGAGCUUCAGGUUAAUGUUGUGAUAUAUUAACUUAUUAAGUGAUAAUAAUCUGUUGUUAUUAAGAACAAACCUGUGCCCGAGACUUUAAAUUCUCGUUUUAGUGAAUUUUCGGGGUUGUGUAAUUAUUGUGAAUAUUUCCUGAAUAUAGCAAUUUAAGGGGACAUUAAGUAAGAAUUUUGUGUAAUGAUUGUCAAACUUUAGAACUUAGUGGGAUCAUUGAAAUGUGUAGUUCAGAAUUAUGGGAGAAUUGUUGAGGGGAAAUGUAGUGUUUCCAAUCAUAUGGUUAUAAUGAUUAAUUUUA